GGAUCUUCAUCAACUUGUCAAGGAUUCACUUGUAAUUCUGGUAAAUGUAUAACAUCGUCAUGGGUUUGUGAUAAUAUAAACGAUUGUGAAGAUCACGAAGAUGAAACAAACUGCAGUCCAACAACAGUGGAAUGCACUGCAACUCAGUUUCAGUGUCAAAGCGGAACUUGGUUGUCAUCCCGUGUCUCGAUCUCAGUCUUCAAUGCGAUGGAACCAGUCACUGUAUUGGGGGUGAUGACGAAAAUAAUUGUAAUGGCCAAUGUUCAUCCAGUCAGUUUGAGUGCGUCAACGGUGGUCUUUACGGAAACUGCAUUCCCUCUUCGUGGCAAUGUGAUAAUAUUAUUGAUUGCAGUGGAUCAACGGACGAAGAAAACUGUGCUUCCACAACCACAACAGUUGCCACGACAACCACAACUGACCCAAAUAGUUCAAAAUGUCGAGGCACUUCUGGUACAUAUAUACUCAAAACUCAAGUAUGUGAUUCCACUGAACAUUGUCCCGGAGGAACGGACGAAGAUAGAUGCAUAAUCUCGACAUCUGGUAACCAGGGCGGCGACGUGAAAGUUUACUCUCUUUCAUCUGAUACCCAUCAUAACUUAUGUGGAACAGCGGAUGGCUGGGACGACUCAAAGAGCGAUGCUGUAUGUGCCGCACUGGGAUUUGCUACUGCUGCCUCAACAACAGAGGUUACAACGACGGCUCAAGGAAUAAAAUGUGGUGGAAACUUUGACCUCGGCUCCCUUGUUCAGCAAGACGCUGAAACUUGCACAAAUAAUAAAGUAGUGCAUAUUGUUUGCGAGGAAUCCCCUACAUGUGGAAAUAUAAUUACGCCGUCAUCAGGAAAAAUUGUAGGUGGUGAAGAUGCAGUUAUAACAUCUCAUCCGUGGCAGAUCUCAUUCCAAAAGAAAAUUUAUAACAUUUGGGCACACAGUUGCGGAGGAACUAUAGUUUCGGAUCGUUGGGUCGUAUCUGCAGCUCACUGUGUUGACAGCAUUUCCUCAACUUCGUAUGCUUUUGUUCGUAUUGUGGCUGGAAUAACACUUUUGAAUGAAGCAAUUACGUCAACAAAUAUUUACGACAUAGACAAAAUAGUUUAUCAUCCACAAUAUUCAAGCUCGACACUCAUGAAUGACAUUGCUGUAAUCCACGUGACAAAAAACUUCGAAUAUUCAACUGAAAUCCAACCGGCCUGUUUACCAUUAGCGGGACAAGUUUUUACUGACAAUUCCAACGUAGAUGUAACUGGCUGGGGAAGUAUAAUAAGUGGUGGUUCUGCCUCGAAUAUCCUCCAGGCGGUAACAAUUCCACUGGUAAAUCUCGAAACCUGCAAAACAUCUUUCCCUGCCGUUGGUUACCACUUGAAAGACGGUAUGAUUUGUGCAGGGACAGCCGCUGGAGGAAAAGAUUCUUGCCAGGGAGAUUCAGGCGGACCCUUGGUGACUCCUUACUCAAGUCGACGAUACCUUGUAGGCGCUACAAGCUGGGGUAUAGGAUGUGCUCUGCCAAAUAGACCAGGCGUUUAUGCAGAUGUACCGUACUAUAUUGACUGGAUAAAACGAGAGAUGUUAAAAACAGUUUAACGUUUCAGUUAAUGAAAAGUAAAAAACGAGUUAUAUAUAUAUAUAGAAUAAAUAUAUUAGAUUCCGACGUCAGUUCAGAUUUCAUCUCGUUUUUAUUUAUUAAACACUCAUGCUUGACCAAUCAUUGAGCAACACACCUUAAGAAUACCGAGUAAAGUAUAAUAAACAAAGAGUCACUUUUCAGAGAUUUUGUAAUCACCCAGCUGGUUUAAACGUAUGUCAUACUUAACUCUAUUCUGAGCUGGAAAUGUGACAGGCAAAUGA